ACCUGCUGUCCCGCUCCGCGCUGCAGUGGCUGUGUGAGCGGAUGAUUAGUGCACAGCUGCAGAGAGAGGCAGACCUGUAACACCUGGACUUUUAACACAUAAGAUCGCACGCACGGGAGACGGCAAAACGUGCGCGUUCACUUUCCCGGGAGAUCCAGAGAUGAUGCCCCGUCUGCCGGGCGACGGCAGGACGACACGCGGGACCACUGGCACCCUUUUGUCGGCAUGUCUGGUCUCCGCUUGUCAAGCCCUCCGGAGCUGCGGGGAGGUCCAGUGCGGCGACGGCCAGCAGUGCUGCCCGCCCAUCGCCGCCGGGAACGGCAGUGCCAGCUCCGCCGUGCGCUGCUGCAAGCUCCCCAUCCACAUCUUUUUCGACAACGUAGGCUGGUUUACGCGGAAGCUGUCCGGCAUCCUGAUCCUGUUGCUGCUCUUCGCCAUGGGCUACUUCAUCCAGCGGAUCAUCUGCCCGCGGCCCCGCCGGCACGGUCCGAACCACGACCGCACCGAGGAGCCCUCCCUCUUUCACGGGCACGCAUCGGCGUCCCAGGACUCCCUGCUGGACCGAUACCCCGAGUACAGCCUCGGGGACUUCGCCUCUCCGAACCUGCCAGCCUACGACGAGGUCAAAUAUUUGCCCACGUAUGAGGAAAGCAUGCAGGAGAUGCACAGAGACCGGUCCGAUGAUAACUUGCUGUCGGAAAACGAGCGGGGCGGGCAGGGCAGGGUGAGAGCGGCGGGACCGAGAGCUGGAGACCAGAGACGGGAUGUCCUGGAGGUGUCAGGACCGCAACUCAGCCCAAGGACAUCUCGGAACUCUGUCUGACGGGAAACAAAGCUACAGAGACAAUACAGCAUUCUUAUUUUAAUAUAAUCAGGGUAAUUAUCUUGCAGAGAUAUAAACUCAAGUGCAAUUAUAAUCCCGAAUGUUACGAAUAAAAGGAGGAGGCUGAGAAAAUGUACGUGUUUUGUAAGAUUAUAGGGGAUUACUCGCCUUUUGUAUGCAAAUGGACGCUUGGGUUAAGCAAAGGAGAUUAUAAAGUAAGCGAAGGCGGCUGAAAUUGACGCUCUUUGUGAUAGGGACAGCUAAUUUGGCUGCGGCACAAUCGCAUUAAGUUUUACUUCAGCACCUCAAUUUUAAGUGGCACCGUGAAACCAUUCUUUUUCUGUCAUAUUCUCGUCCUUUCUUAGUCUUUAAAGCAAUAUAUUCUGCUGGACCCGAAAGACAUUCUUCUCUUUUUUUUAAUUCUUUAUUGAAUUUGCAUACAAAAGGAAGAAUAUUUAGAUCCCCCUCCCUCAGUAACCUGAAAUGUGGGUUGGAAGAGGGAGUGAAGAGAGGAAUAUCAAUAUUUUAAUACUUUCUGAGGCACACAUUUUUAUCAGCCAGCUUUAGAGACAGUUCAUUUAUAUCUUAUCAGCAUGAAAGCAAUAUUCUGACUCAAACACAUGCACGCACACGCAUUUCACUGGGGGCUGACACAUGAGCAUUUUAUCAGUGACCUGAGCCAUGUCUGAUGCCUACUGCAAGAAGUGUGUAGUUUAAAAAAAAAGAAAAGAAAAAAGCUCUGAUCCUGGGAGCCUUGCUGCCCCUGAGGCUGCAUGUAUCAGUGUCUCCCAGGUUUUGAAUUCAGGAAAAAAACACAAUGGCAGAGAUUACAGCUGGUAUACUGAUAGGGCAUAAGCUGCCAAGAAACAAAGUUGUAUUUUGAUGAUAGCAUGUUAUACAAGAUCACAACUGGUGCCCCAAGCAGAACUAACAGUGUAGAGCUCAGAUGAAGCAAAGGAAAAGACAAAGGGACAUCUAACAGGAGACAAGGGUGAGACCAACAGGAGGCAAUAAUUUCUUUGUUCAGUGAUCUGAAGAUGCAGACUGAGAAUACCUUUAGAUCUACUUGUAUGUUGACCAUAAUUGUGUAACUGUCCCUUGCUAAUGUGCAUUGAGACAAGGAGUGUCUUUUUUGCUGCUUCAAACUGAAAAACCAAGCUGACACAGACGCACACCUCAUUACAUCGAGCUUAAUGGCCUGUUUACACGGAUUAAAGUUAUAUUUGCCUUUAACUGUCCAUUAAAA